AUGGCUUCCUUAAGCUGCGCAGCCUCAGACCUCGCACCCCUUUUCAGCUCUAACACUGCCAACGCCACUGCCGUGGCCAAUUACCUCUGUACUCGCUUUGACACCAUAGCCAACAAGCUCAGUGACACAACCUAUGCCAUAGACAACACAUACCUCCUCUUCUCAGCUUACCUUGUGUUCGCCAUGCAACUUGGCUUUGCCAUGCUAUGUGCUGGAUCUGUCCGUGCCAAGAAUACCAUGAACAUCAUGCUCACCAAUGUUCUUGAUGCUGCAGUUGGUGGCCUUUCUUACUAUCUCUUCGGCUUUGCCUUUGCUUUUGGUUCUCCCUCUAAUGGAUUUAUUGGCCGCCACUUCUUUGGUCUUAAAGACUAUCCUAAGCCCACUGGAGACUAUAGCUUUUUUCUUUACCAAUGGGCCUUUGCAAUAGCGGCUGCUGGAAUUACUAGUGGGUCCAUUGCUGAGAGAACUCAAUUUGUGGCUUAUCUGAUCUACUCUUCCUUUUUAACCGGUUUUGUUUAUCCUAUAGUUUCACAUUGGUUUUGGUCUAGUGACGGCUGGGCCAGCCCAACUCGAACUGGUGAUCUUUUAUUCAAUUCAGGUGUCAUUGACUUUGCUGGUUCGGGAGUGGUUCACAUGGUUGGUGGCAUAGCGGGCUUAUGGGGUGCGUUUAUUGAAGGCCCACGAAUUGGCAGAUUUGAUCAAGAGGGCCGGUCCGUGGUUUUACGUGGUCAUAGUGCAUCUCUAGUCGUACUUGGUUCAUUCUUGUUAUGGUUUGGUUGGUAUGGGUUCAACCCCGGUUCAUUUCUCACAAUAGCAAAAUCAUACGGUGAUGGUGGGUCUUAUUAUGGCCAAUGGAGUGCCAUUGGGAGGACAGCUGUCACCACAACAUUAGCAGGUUCCACAGCUGCACUUACAACCUUGUUUAGCAAACGCUUAUUGGUGGGUCAUUGGAAUGUGCUAGACGUUUGUAAUGGUCUACUAGUAGGAUUUGCUGCAAUCACCUCAGGGUGUUCAGUGGUAGAGCCUUGGGCAGCAAUCAUAUGUGGCUUUGUGGCAUCAUGGGUUUUGAUUGGGUGCAACAAGCUUGCAGAGAAGUUAAAAUAUGAUGACCCACUAGAGGCAGCACAAUUACAUGGUGGGUGUGGUGCAUGGGGGGUUUUAUUCACAGGAUUGUUUGCAACGACGUCGUACGUGAAUGAGGUGUAUCCAGGUCAACCCGGUAGACCAUACGGGUUGUUUAUGGGAGGUGGAGGGAAGCUACUGGCAGCACAAAUUGUACAAAUAUUGGUGGUCUCAGGGUGGGUCACGGCCACAAUGGGAUCACUAUUUUAUUUGCUUAAAAAAAUGGAGUUGUUAAGAGUGUCAAGGGAUGAUGAAUUGGCAGGCAUGGAUAUGACAAGGCAUGGUGGUUUUGCUUAUGCUUACCAUGAUGAAGAUGGUCAACCUAUUAAGCAUGCAUAUAUGAUGGGGACUAUUGAGCCUAACAUUAAGACUCCACCAGCUAAUCUUAGUUUACCAUUAGCAGACGUGUGA